AAAUACGAGCGGAGGAAAUGCCGUUUACUGAUUGUAACUAAGGUGUUAAUUUUACAUGUUUAUUCAUUAUUUAUUCGGCUUUCUUGUUGGAGUUUAAACUUGAAAAUUGAGGCAAUGAAUACAUUAACCAAAAAGGUUUUGCUUAUCCAGAAUGCUCGGGCACUGGUCCAGGCUGUAUCACUCAUUCGCACCCCUGUAUUAAAACAACCAGUGCCACAACCAGUCGUCUUAUUGCCGGACAGACAGUACAAAUCAAUGCCCACACAUGGAAUCGGUCGAUACAAGUACCUUCUUCCAAAAGAGCUGCAAAAGAAGAAGAAGGAGAAAGUUCAGAUGAAGCAGAUCAAGGCUGCGACAGAUACGGAUUAUGGUGUGUUGAAUGUGAGGGUAUCUGGUUAUGACAUGACUCUGGUGGAGCAUUUCUCCCAAUACAUCCAUAACCUUUGCAAUCGCCUUGACAUUAAAGUGGAUGAAAGCUAUGCAUUGCCAACUAAGAGCACAGAGGUCAUGGUCAUGCCCGAGCAGGGCACCAAGAUGCAUAUUGAUGUGAUUCUGAAAACUCAUGAGCGGGUCGUUCAGAUAAGCCAAAUGAGGGCAACGCUGGCUCCAGUUUUUUUGGAGGUUCUUUUGAAAAACCAGCCAGAGGGAGUUCAGCUCUUAGUAAACGAGCACACCGAGGCAGAAUACAAGACCCGGUUUAAGACAAGACCAGAACUCGAGGGACUUCUAGCACAAAUGAGUUAAAAAUGGCUUGUCUUAUUUGUUCAUGAUGUGAUUGAAUGUAAACACCAUGUGUGAUUAUGUGCUAAUAAAUGUGUGAUCUGUA